AUGAGUUGGUCUACCAUCUUCUAUGUCUGGUCUGGCGUCACAGGUCUGUUGUUGCUGGGAGUGCUUGGUGUUGUGAUUCACGAUGUGAUCCUAUGGAAACGAAUGCCUCCAGGCCCUCAGCCGUUGCCCUUCAUCGGUAACAAAUUGGACGUUCCGGCAAAAUACCCAUGGAUUCAGUUCCAAGAAUGGUCGAGAAAGUACGGGCCGAUUUACACCUUGUGGUUUGGUCGUCGACCGACGGUGAUCAUUUCUGAUCCUAAUGUGGCCGUCGACUUGCUCGAGAAGCGCUCUCACAAGUACAGUUCGCGCCCUCGUUUCGUUGCCAUGGGAGAAAUCUUCUGGGACAUGAGCAGCAUCCUCGUGCAACCAUACGGCAAGGACUGGUCCGUCCGUCGGAAAGCCCUCCACAGUGUGCUCACCCAGAGGGCGCUUCAACACUACAAACCUGUCCAGGAAGCUGAAGCCGCACGUCUCUGUCAUCAACUUCUCGAGCAUCCAGAAGAUUUGGACAACCUUCUGAAUCGCUUCACAGCCUCAAUCGUGUUUACAAUCGCCUACGGGCACCGUAUCGACAGUAUGCAAUCGCCGAUCAUACGCCAACGCAUGAAGAUAAUGCACUGGAAUGCUGCUCUUAACGUUCCCGGUCGGUAUCUUGUCGAAUCAUUCCCUAUCCUAAAACAUGUUCCUGACGCAUUGGCGCCUUGGAAGCGAGAGAUCAAAUCCUGGGGCAAAGAAGAAGAGCAAGCUAAUGCGCAACUGCUCAAUUACGUCCGCGAGGAUAUUGAAAAUGCGAAGAAACCAGGUGCCCCACCCCUUCCCAACAGUCUGGCAAAGCAGCUUCUGGAGAACCGCGCUGCGGACCCCUCUGCAUUCGCUCUGCUGCGUGAGAGGGACUUUGCGAGUUUACCUGCGUCAGUAUUCGGCGCGGGAGCAGACACCACAGCAUCGACUCUUUCUUCCGCGAUCCUAGCGAUCAUAACCAACCAAGAAGUCCUCACGGCCGCACACGCCGAGCUCGACGCCGUGAUCGGCCCAGACCGCCUCCCGGGCUACAUGGAUGAACCCUCGCUUCCUUACAUCAAGGCCAUUUGCAAGGAAGCCCUUCGCUGGCGCCCCGUCGCAGUGCUGGGCGGCACUCCGCAUGCCAGCACCGAAGCAGACACAUACCAGGGCUACUACAUCCCCAAGGGCACGAACAUCCUCGGAAACAGCUGGGCCAUCAACCUCAACGAGCAAUACUACCCGAACCCAGACCACUUCAACCCGCUGCGCUUCCUGGACGUCGACGACCCCGCGUCGCUGGACUACCUGCCCAAGGACUACCUCGCGUCCACGCCUGUGGAGCGCGGCAUCUCGCAUCCUUCAAAACUGGGCCACUCCUCGUUCGGCUGGGGCCGCCGCAUCUGCCCCGGGGCGGACCUCGCGUCGAACAACCUGUACAUCGCCCUGGCACGGGUGCUGUGGUGCUUCGACAUCCGCCCGACCAAGGGCUGCGUCUACGACACGUACGACUACACGGACGGAUUCAACAUCCGCCCCAACGGGUAUAAAUGCGACAUCACCAUCCGGAGCGACCGACAUAGGCAAAUGCUGGAAAAGGACUAUCAAGAGGCGAGGGAUUACCUGGUGAGGAAUUUCCCCUUGUUCAAGGAGCAUGAGAUCGUCGUGUGA